AGGGAUGGGAGGGAGUGGGCUUAAGGGGAGCUGCGCCAAAGAGCUCAGCCUCCUACUGCUUGAACUCGGCCUGGCCUAGGAUUUGGGGGCCGUCGGGGAGGAGAGGAUGAGGGCGAGUUCAGUGGAGGACGAGGCGGAGGGCCAAAUCGAUCUAGGAGCGAGAGGGCAGGGAGGGGACCUAGCGGUGGAUGAGGGGGAGGGAGGAGGAGAGGAAGCGGUGAAGGUGGGCGGAAACGGUAAGGAGCUAGUAGGGGAAGAUGCCGGGGAAGGCGUGCUGAGUGACGGAGAGGCAGUGGGCGAAGGCUGAGUGGCAAGCUAAGUUGAAUUCCGGCGAGGCUGAGUUGAUGUCAAGCUCGCCCUUCUGUUUGUCUAUCUUUGUUCCGAUUCUCCUUUUCUCCCCUUACCCUUUCUCAUACUUUCCCGUUCCCAAAAAAGAUCCUUAAUCGAAAGGUUCCAUCAAGCCGAGACGUAGUCAAUUUCGCCCUCUCCUCCGAUCAGUGGGUUGAUUCAGCAGCCUACAGAGGAAGCGGACCUUCGGAGCUCCGUUCGUUGGAGAAAAUAUCAGUGGGUUCAUUUCAAAUGACCCGGUUUUUUAGGGUUAAACCACGUGACAGCGGAGUGCCUCUCCCACAUCCAUCCUUCUUCCCUCCUUCCCACCCCGCCAGGCUCAAACCGCCAUGAAAGCAACGCUCGCUGUCACUGUUUGUUUGUGAGGAAACUGCGACCCUUUCCCUUCUUCAGUGGCGACAGAAGCCCUUUCGAUUCUCUAGCGGAGUCCGCAGUUGCAGACAGAGGAAGCUGAAUGUCAAUGGACAGCACCGAGAGGAGAUUGGAAGUACGAGCCCUAACUGGCGAAUCGAUCACCGUCUCGAUUUCGGUCGGCAAAACCGUUCGGGACCUCAAGCACUUGCUGGAGCAGACGUUCCCUCUCGCUGUCAAGUAUCCCAACUUCAACCUCUAUCACAAGGGAACAAAGUUGAGCUUGCAGAACCAAAUUAGCAGCUACUCCAUCGAGCCAGGAGAAGUGAUAGGCCUUUUUCCUGUUAUCAAGAAGCAAACCGUGCAGACUGAGAAAUCAUGCGAUCAGGAUAAUUCUGGCAACUUUACAAACCAAGCUCCGAUCACUAAAUUUGCGGACCUAGCAUGGACUCACAUGGUGCAAGAAUUACGUGAAAUGUCGAGUAACGAUGGGGGACCCACUUCUAAAUCGGAUGGCACGAAUUCCAAUGAUGGAUGGGGAUCGACAAAUGAAGUUUCGGGGACUCGAUCAUCUGAAAUGAAGCGUAAAAGAAGUACGGAUAGUGAAACAUCAAGAACUCCAGAUGACCUAGUACUCAGUAUACUAGAGCAUUCGAGCAAACGAGUCCUUGAUGAGGGGAAUGCUGAGAGAUUCGUGAAGGUUUUGGAUCGAGUGAAUUGCCUGCAAGAUGCUUCCUCUCAGAGUUGUCUCUGUGUAAGUGGAGCUUGGUUACAGGCUGGUGGCCUUGGAGCAAGCGGGUCUGCCGGAAAUCCAUGCUGGUGCCCAUCGUGGUUAAAGACAGUUAUGAAAGUGCUUACUUUUUUAAACAUCUAUGCUGCAUGUUUGCAGCUACGGCAGGAGAUGAUAACAUUGAAUGGUUUAGAGGAAGCACUUAAUUGGAUUGGUGAGGUUGGGAUCCAUUUUAAUAUGAAGGACAUUGAGAAUAUAUCUCUUCUUCUUCCAAAGGUCAUCUAUUUUGUUGAUUAUAAUGCGAAGAAGAAGAGGAAAUAUGGUGAAGCUAUUGUCAUAGUUAGGCUGUCACCUGAGGAUAAAGAUCGAGUUGAAGAAACUCCUACAAUAGCUGAAAAACAGGUUUCUCUCCCCAAACUCUUUUAUGCAAUGGAGAGGCGGGAAACAGCCUUCACAAUGACUCUUAGGUCAUUGACGCGUAAACUUGCAAGUGAUAUGAGCAAAUUCAAUUUGGUCGAAGAUGUGGUCAACUUUUUGAGGGAAAGAGAUAAUCCAGCAAAAAAUGUCAAGGAAAGUGAUCCAGCAGGAAGCAAGAGUGAAGUGAAGCUUCUGGGCAGAAGGAGGGAUACUUCAGCUUCAAAUUCAAGAAACAAAGUUAACAAACUGUGUCAUGAGACAAAUGCAUUGCUGCCAGAAGAAAUGGUGGAACAUCUCAGAAAGGGUAUUGGCUCCCGAGGACAGAUGGUGCAUGUUCAGGAAAUUGGUGGUCGGAGACCAAAUUACAUGGAGAUUCCAAAUGAAUUAUCAGAUUACACAAAACAGACACUUGAACAAAUUGGAGUCACUGAGUUGUACAGCCAUCAGGCAGAGUCAAUACGAACUUCCCUUGCUCAGAAAAAUGUUGCUGUGGCAACGAUGACCUCAAGUGGGAAAUCUCUGUGCUACAAUGUGCCAGUUUUUGAAGAGCUAUUCAAGGAUUCAUCCUCAUGCGCUCUUUAUAUGUUUCCCACAAAGGCCUUAUCUCAAGAUCAACUUAGGACUUUGAAGUAUAUGACAAACAAUUUUGAUGUUAGCUCAUGCAUCGGCAUAUAUGAUGGUGAUACCCUUCAGGAGGAAAGGGCAUGGCUGCGGGACAAUGCUAGAUUGCUAAUAACAAACCCAGACAUGUUGCACAAAUCGAUAUUGCCAUACCAUGGGAAGUUCAUGCGUAUUUUAUCAAAUCUGAGAUUUGUAGUCAUUGACGAAUCUCAUUCGUACAAAGGAGCAUUUGGUUGUCAUACUGCUCUUAUAUUAAGGAGACUCCGUCGGCUCUGUUCCCAUGUUUAUGGCAGUGAUCCUAAAUUUAUAUUUUCUACCGCAACUUCGGCAAACCCCCUUCAGCAUUCUAUGGAACUUGCUAAUCUAUCAACAUUGGAGCUGAUUCAGAAUGAUGGAAGUCCCGCUUCUCAAAAGCUUUUUGUCCUCUGGAAUUCAUCUUUGCAACCGAAAACUGUGCUAGAUCGAAGAGAAAGGGAAGCUGAUGCUUGCAAAUUAACUGAUAGGGGACCAAGUCCCAUUUGGGAAGUUUCAUGCCUCUUUGCUGAAAUGGUUCAACAUGGACUACGAUGCAUCGCAUUUUGCACAUCACGCAAACUUUGCGAACUUGUUUUGUUAUACACGCAGGAAAUUCUUCAUGAAACAGCACCCCACUUGGUUGAUUCCAUAACUUCCUACCGCGCAGGAUAUGCCCCGGAGAUCAGAAGAACGGUAGAGAGUGAUUUUUUUGGGGGGAAGCUUCGAGGACUUGCUGCUACUAAUGCCCUUGAGUUGGGUAUUGAUGUUGGACAUCUUGAUGUCACUCUGCAUUUAGGCUUCCCUGGCAGCAUUGCUAGCUUGUGGCAACAAGCAGGAAGGUCUGGAAGAAGAGAAAAACCGUCUCUUGCAGUGUAUGUAGCAUUUGAUGGCGCGCUCGACCAGUACUUUAUGAAGUAUCCUGAGAAACUCUUUAGGAGUCCAAUCGAGUGCUGUAAUAUUGAUUCUCAAAAUCCGCAGGUGCUUGAGCAACAUUUAGUCUGUGCUGCUCUUGAACACCCACUGAGUUUGCACCAUGAUGAGAAGUUCUUUGGCAGUGGUAUAAGCAGAGCUGUUGAGGCUCUAAGAAAUAGAGGAUACUUGAGUUUUGAUAGAUCUCUUGAUUCUUCAGCUAGAAUAUGGAAUUACAUUGGACAUGAGAAAAAGCCUUCAGAUAUUGUGAACAUUCGAGCGAUAGAGACUGAGGCAUACCAAGUAAUAGACACCCAGACAAACGAAAUCCUUGAGAAAAUUGAGGAGAGCAAGGCUUUCUUUCAGGUGCAUGAGGGUGCUGUAUACAUGCGGCAAGGCAAGACUUAUCUGGUAAAAGACUUGGAUCUGUCCCGUAAAAUUGCUUGGUGCCAGGAGGCUGAUUUGAAGUACUAUACGAAAACGCGAGAUUACACAGAUGUUCAGGUCAUUGGUGGAGAUAUGGCUUAUCCAGCUGCUAUGCCCCGUAUUCCACAAACUAAUGCUGAAGGGCACAUGGUCCCGGAAUCAACUGCUCAAGCGAAUACCUGUAAAGUAGUAACAACUUGGUUUGGGUUUCGUCGCAUAAGCAGAGGCAGCAAUCAAGUUUUAGACACAGUUGAACUGUCACUUCCGAGAUAUUCCUAUGAGUCGCAGGCUGUUUGGAUCCAAGUUCCUCAAGCUUGCAAAGAAGCAGUUGAGAGGAGGAACUUUUCCUUUCGCGCGGGCUUGCAUGCUGCUUCCCAUGCUCUUCUCAAUGUGGUGCCUCUAUGCAUAAUCUGCAAUUCCUCUGACCUGGCCCCAGAGUGCUCGAACCCAUAUGAUACGCGCUCUUUUUCAUCACGUAUUCUCAUUUACGACAGACAUCCUGGAGGAACUGGUGUUUCAUUGCAGGUUAGGCCCUAUUUUGUCGAGCUACUGGUUGCUGCCCUUGAAGUUAUUUCCUCCUGUGCUUGCUUGGGAGACAUGGGUUGCCCUAAAUGCAUUCAGUGUCUAGCUUGUCAUGAAUCUAACGAAGAUCUCCAUAAAGAUGCCGCUAUUAUUAUCAUCAAGGGAGUUUUGGAUGCAGAAAAAUCUCAUUGCCGGGACAUUGAGAACUUCAUGCAUGCAAGAGAAUCACAAGCUGAAUCAAGAAAUCAAGCUGUGGUAUGACAUACAUAAGUCAGAUGAUGCACCAAGGGCCAGUUCCACAUCGAUCUGCUGAAUGUUUUGUAAUGUAAAUUUUAUUGAACGUUCUUUUAAUGAAGUAACGUAAUCAUAUAAAUCCUCUGUGUGUCGUUGUACAUCGGUUGGGCGAAUCCGUAGAUCACAUUCUCAGGGACUGCUGCUUCAUUACCGGGACAUUGAGAACUUCAUGCAUGCAAGAGAAUUACAAGCUGAAUCAAGAAAUCAAGCUGUGGAAUGACAUACAUAAAUCAGAUGAUGCACCAAGGGCCAGUUCCAUAUCGGUCUGCUGAAUGUUUUGUAAUGUAAGUUUUAUUGAACGUUCUUUUAAUGAAGUAACGUAAUCAUAUAAAUCCUCUGUGUGCUGUUGUACAUCGGUUGGGCGAAUCCGUAGAUCACAUUCUCAGGGACUGCUGCUUACUUGUACGAGAUUUUCAGGGUAACAUAAAGACUGGAUUCAGUUCUAUUGUUCUUCAACAAGCAUAAUGAAUAUUGAAAAUUUUUGGGGCA